AUGAGGUGCGACUGUCGGUUGCAUGUGCUACCGGCGAAGUGUGUGUCUUACGGCUGCCCCAGUGUCUUGGCUGCCCCAGUGUCUUACCCCAGUGCGGCUGCCCCAGUGUCUUACGGCUGCCUCAGUGUCUUAUGGCUGCCCCAGUGUGUCUUACGGCUGCCCCAGUGUCUUACGGCUGCACCCAGUGUCUUACAGCUGCACCCAGUGUCUUAUGGCUUCACCCAGUGUCUUACGGCUGCCCCAGUGUCUUACGGCUGCCCCAGUGUGUUACAGCUUCCCCAGUUUGUUACGGCUACCUCAGUGUCUUAUGACUGCCCCAGUGUCUUGCGGCUGCCCCAGUGUCUUAUGGCUGCCUCAGUGUCUUAUGGUUGCCCCAGUGUGUGUCUUACGGCUGCCCCAGUGUCUUACGGCUGCCCCAGUGUCUUACAGCUGCACCCAGUGUCUUACGGCUGCACCCAGUGUCUUACGGCUGCCUCAGUGUCUUAUGGCUCCCCCAGUGUGUUACGUCUGCCUCAGUGUCUUACGGCUUCCCCAGUGUCUUACUCCCCAGUGUCUUACGGCUGCCCCAGUGUCUUACGGCUGCCCAAGUGUCUUACAGCUGCCCCAGUGUCUUAUGGUUGCCCCAGUGUCUUAUGGCUGCCACAGUGUGUUACGUCUGCCUCAGUGUCUUACGGCUUCCCCAGUGUCUUAUGGCUGCCCCAGUGUCUUACGGCUGCUCCAGUGUCUUACGGUUGUCCCAGUGUCUUACGGCUGCCCAUAGACUGUCUUAUGGCUGCCCCAUACGGCUGCCCCAGUGUCUUACGGCUGCCCCAGUGUCUUACGUCUGCCACAGUGUGUUACGUUUGCCUCAGUGUGUUACGGCUGACCCAGUGUCUUACAGCUGCCCCAGUGUCUUACGGCUGCCCCAGUGUCUUACGGCUGCCCCAGUGUCUUAUGUCUGCCACACUGCCCCAGUGUGUUACGGGUGCCACAGUGUGUUACGGCUGCCUCAGUGUCUUACGGCUGCUUCAAUGUCUUACGGCUGCACCCAGUGUCUUACGGCUGCACCCAGUGUCUUAUGGCUGCCUCAGUGUCUUACAGCUGCCCCAGUGUGUUACGGCUGCCACAGUGUGUUACGUCUGCCUCAGUGUGUUUGCCCAGUGUCUUACGGCUGCCCCAGUGUCUUACGGCUGCCCCAGUGUUACGUCUUACGCCACAGUGUGUUACGUCUGCCAUAGUGUGUUACGGCUUCCCCAGUGUCUUACGGCUGCCAAAGUAUCUUACGGCUGCCUCAGUGUUUUACGGCUGCCCCAGUGUCUUACGGCUGUCCCAGUGUCUUACGGGUGCCCAUAG